AUGAACGAUGCUUUGGAGGCCGACUUUUAUGAAGAGUUCACAAUCCAGUAUGCUGGAAUCUCAUCUGGAUUCAGUGUCCUGUCAUACCCACAAAGGUCACUGACACUCCACGGUUCUGACGAACGCCCUUCCUCUAUGGAGCUCUUUGUUCUUGUCGCAUUAACCUACAAAGAAAUGGCCGAGGUUCAUCAGAAUGGGUCAGACAAGUGCUACUUCACUUCCAUGUAA